UAGCCUGUGUGGAGAAACAAAGCUUUUCAUUGGCUCUGUGACUUCUUCAUUCAUGUCAGGAAGGCUCAAAGGUCUACAGUUAAGGCUGUAAAAGAGCUAUCCAAACAUUGCACCAAAGUCUCACUGGAAACAAAUGAAUAAAAAUGAGUUGGAGAAGCAGUAUUCACCCAGCCAGUGGUCCCACAGGAUGUCCGCCGAUGACGUGAUAAAUGCCCACGUGGCUGCGCUGAAAUCAGGUACAGAGAAGGCUCGGGCUGUUGCUCAGAACAUUCUGGAUGUUCCGUAUGGAGAGGGAGAUGAAGAGAAACUGGAUGUGUACAUGCCUAUCAGUUCCUCCCCAGAUGUGCCUCUAGUUAUCUACCUCCAUGGUGGUUACUGGCAGUUCCUGAGCAAGGAGGAGUCAGGUUUCAUGGCUGUACCAUUGGCCCAGAAGGGUGUUGUGGUGGUCGCUGUUGAGUACAGCAUUGCCCCGAAAGGUAAUAUGGAUCUGAUGGUAUCUCAGGUGCGCAGGAGUUUGGUGGCUGUGAUUCAGCAGUAUUCACACAUCCGUGGGCUGUACCUGUGUGGUCAUUCUGCAGGCGCACACCUGGCAGCCAUGGUUCUCUCUACUGAUUGGUCAGAGUAUAGUGUAACACCUCAAAUCAAAGGAGCGUUCCUUGUUAGUGGCAUUUACGACCUGCUGCCCAUUCUGUCCACCUAUGUGAACGAGCCACUGAAGAUGACAGAGGAGGUGGCUCUUAGGAACAGCCCCAGUCGGUUAGUGUCUCAGCUCAAAACGUCCUCAUCGGGCUGCGACAUCGUUGUGGCUGUAGCACAAAAUGACUCCCCUGAGUUCCGGAAGCAGUCGGAGGAUUACUUCAAGUCUUUGCAAGCUGCCGGACUUAAGGUUACUUUUGAAGAUAUACCUGACACAGAUCAUUUCAGCAUCAUCGAGCAGCUUGUGGAUGAAAAUUACUACCUCACACAGCUCCUACUGAAGAUGAUGGGAAAAAGCUGAAGAGAUGCCAUUGGUCCUCAAAAUCAUCCACGAUGCACCUUACUUUCCUGGAGUUUCGUCUCAUUAUGUGCUAUAUAAGCAGUAACCUUCUUAUUAACUAUGCCAGACUGGUCAGUUUAACUAUAGAACAGUCAAAUCUUAUUUCUUGUUUACUUUCUUAGGGAGUAACAGGGUAUUUACACAUCAGCCUAUUCUGUCCCGCUGCUUGUGUGAGCUAGUUCUGUGUACAAUCUUCAGUAUGAUAUGGCUGUGAUUAGUAUUACUCUGAAUUCAUGCACUUGAACACUUUUUCAGAUGUUCAUUAACCAAUAAUACAAUCUGCUGCUGUGUGUUGCAAAUUAAUGUAGCAAAUUCUUCAAUCUACAUGAGGAAACCUGAACCAUAUCUAGAUUGGAACUGCUAGACGUCCUCAAACCUUCAGUUUUAGCACUAUGUAGCAUAUCAGAUUGUACUGAAGAGGUAAGAAGUCUUAGCAUGUUUGGUCUGGCUGCUCAGAUGUCAUGAAAGUGUAAAUGUGCAGACUGUAGGUCUUAUAUGUUCAAGUAAUUACUGUAAUAAAAAAAAAAUCAAACUGGUAA